UGAUUGCGCUACUUCUUCACCCGUCGCUGCAAAUUUCAAUUUGGGUACAAUACAAUCGUCUCAGAGCUGAAAUCUUUGCUCCUCAUCGGAAAUGGCGUUUUUACUCAACAACACUUCGAUUUCAUCACAUCUCCGAUCUUCUUCCCAGAAGACGGAUGGUGCUAUAGCUCAACCCCGUCGUGGGUUCCAUGUGGAGCUAGGUGCUCGCGAGAAAGCUCUCUUGGCUGAGGAUGCAUCUUUGAGGAGAUUCAAGUCGCAUAAGAAAGGCGUGCACAGAUUGAAGAGGAUUGGAGAUGUGCUCACUGUUGUCGUUGUUGCUGGAUGCUGCUAUGAGAUCUAUGCGAGAGCAGUGAUGAGGAAAGAAGCUCAGGCUGCAGGAGGAAGCUCAUGAGUUUCUGUAUCUCCCUUUUUAACAAUCUCAUCUUGUUUGUUACUCAUGUUUGGCUUUGGAAUAAGUGAAGAAACGAAAAGGAUUUUGUAACUGUCCUAUGUCGAAACUUUGUAUUUGGUUUCCAGAAACCCAAAUCGCUUUACAUGGAAUCAUGUAAGUCAGACCUUGAAUGUAUCACACAAGCUCAUAAUUUAUAGAAAUCCAAAUUGAAAUAUCUUUCCA